GCUGCAGCUCUGCACGCUGACCACAGAGGGACCGGAGGAUGCCCACGCAUCAGCACUUGGUCGAUAAGAUGAAAAGACACUCCUGCUUUGUUUUUUUGUUCUGUGGGAUAUUUUUGCCCAGAAUCCUUGGUUUUCCACAGACAAAUACUUCAAUUGAUUGUGAUUCUCUGUUACCAAACUAUGAAGCUCAACCACAGACAUCUGCACCACCAUAUAUUAUUGCUGUAUCUUUUGAUAACUUUGAACCAGGAAAUGAAAUCCAAGUGACUUUAGAAGCCCUUAGAGAUGCUGGUUUUAAAGGAUUUAAUCUACAAGCUCGAGAACUAGAAGGAGAUGUUCCUGUUGGUACUUUUAAAAUUACAGAUCCAAACACAAAAGGCUUGGAAUGUCAUAACAUGACGAAUUCAGCCAUAAGUCAUGCAAACUCAGAUGUGAAACAGAAAGUUACAACAACAUGGAUUGCUCCACAUGAUGUUAAAGAUCUUCAGUUCAUUGCAACUGUUGUUCAAGAUCUAGAGAGAUUUUGGGUUGGAAUUCAGAGCAAAAUUCUCACACCUACACGUUCUGAGUCAGUUAAUGAGACAGGAAGACAAAAAAGGAAGCUUAUGAUAGAAAUAGAAUGCAGCAAGCGUGGAGGAACGUAUACAAGACAAGGUGGAUGUGUUGUGGUUCAACCUUCUGGUUCCUCUCAGAACAGCUAUUCAGGCGGUCAGAGUGGAGUAGUCUACACAAUAAGCAAGAGUGGAUGUGCACCAGGAGGUGCUGCCAAUGCAUAUGGCCAACAUGCUUGUAAAGAUAGUGCAUCUUCAUAUGGCAGUCUUACCUAUGGCCAGUCUGUUCCUGCAAGUAGUUCAGACUCCGGUAAGGUACUGGUCAUUCCCAACAGCAACCCUUUUCCACCUGUGCGUCAUACCUACCCCCAGAGUUUGGGCAGUUCUGCUGCUAAGAUCAUAAUACAGAGCGGACAAAGACAGCAAAGCAGCAGUACUUAUGUUCAGGGUUCCAGAGGAAGCCAGUCCUAUGGCCAGGGUGGAUCUUUUCCUUCAAGUGGUGGUAAUGGUUGUGGACAAGGUACUUCAUAUGAUAGCAAUCCCUGCCACCAGGGUGGAUCACAGAGUGGUAGCCAGGGUGGAUCAUACACCUCACAAAACUAUGGUGGUAGCCAACAGAGUGGAUCAUCAUACUCACAAAAUUACGGUGGUAGCCAGGGUGGUUCAUCCUCACAGAACUAUGGUGGCAGCCAAGGUGGAUCCUCUUCUCAAAACUAUUACGGUGGCCAAGGUGGAUCCUCCUCUCAAAACUAUUAUGGUGGCCAAGGUGGAUCAUCCUCCUUUGACUACUAUGAUAAUCAGGAUUCACAGGUUUCCUCAGAUGAUAAUCCCAAUGCUUGUGAUGAUAAUGACACAACAUAUAGCACUAAUGGUCGGAAAUCUGGUUGUGCAAAGAAGAAGGUUGUUGCCAGAGAUACAUCACAUGUUUUGAGCAGAAGAGACUAUGAUGUACAGAAUGAAUCUUCUACUUCAAACAACAGCCACACUAGCUUUCAGGGUGGAUCAUUUAUUGCAACUGGUGGUGGAUCAAGUAGUCAGGGUGGCUGCAUUUGUCCUGAUGGAAGCAGUGGUAUUAGACAGGGAUCCCCAGGUUCUUUCCAUGGCACUUAUUCUGGUAACCAGGGAGGGUCUUCCUUCUAUCCCGGUGGAUCUUACGGACAGGGAGCACCAGGUUCUUCAUACAGCACGUAUUCUGGUAACCAGGGAGGGUCUUCCUUCUAUCCUGGUGGAUCUUACGGACAGGGAGGGUCUUCUGUGUAUGACAGUGGCAGUGAAUCCUAUGGUCAGGAUGGAUCUUCCACAUAUGGUGGUGCUGGAUCUUAUGGUCAGGAUUCGUCUUCCAUAGGAGGUGGUGAAUCCGAUGACAUCGAUUCUACCUCACUAUCAGGCAGCCGGCAGAGUGAACGGGAUUUUUAUUCCCCAGGAGGCAGCCAGUCAGGUGGACAUGGAUUAUCCUCUCAAGGUGGUGGCUACUCCAGUGGACAGAGCUCAUCUUCAUCAGGAAGCAACCAAUACAACCAGUAUGGUGGGCAGGGAUCACCUUCUUCAGGAAGCAGCCAGUAUAGUGGACAGGGUGGAUGUGAUUGCUCUGGUGGCAGUUCCGGUGGAUCACCUACCUCACUGAGAAGCAAUUCUUCUGCAAAUGGCACAUCUUCUUCUGGAGGCAGCCAUUACAGUAGCCAAGAUUCAUAUUCCUCUGAAACUAGCCGUUACGGUGGACAUGGCUCAUCACCUUAUGGAGGCAGCCAUUAUGGUGGACGAGGUUCACCUUCCUCAGGAGGCAGCCAGUAUGGUGGACAGGGUUCAUCUUCUUCAGGAGGCAGCCAGUAUGGAGGACAGGGUAUGGCUUCUUCAGGAAGCAGCCAGUAUAGUGGACAGGGCUUUUCUUCAGGAGGCAGCCAAUACGGUGGACAGGGUGGAUGUCUGUGUCCUGGUGGACACACAGGCUCUUUUGGAGGAAGCAGCUACCAUGGUGGACCGGGUUCAUCUUAUUCUGGAAGCAAUCAGUAUGGGGGACAGGGAUCUUCUCACUCAGGAGGCAGCCAGUAUGGCGGGCAGGGCUCAUCUUCAGGAGGCCGACAAUAUGGUAAACCAGGUUCAUCUUCCUUCGGAGGAGGUCAUCAAGGAAAGCCGGGCUCAGGAAGCACUUAUUCUGGGAAACCGAAUUCACCUUCGUCAGGGGGCAGUCAAGUGAGCUCUGCUGGGAAACACUCCAGUCCCCGACUCCUGCUGUUGUUCAGUGUUUUGAGUGCCUUUGUACUCUCUGCUGUUACAUCAAAAUGGUCUAUAUGAACUUCUGAAGAUGUGUUUGGCAUCCUAGACAUGGAUUGUACACAGUAAUAUUAGAUUAAUUACUCGAUGUCAGAAAAAAAUACCCUUAAGUGAAAUUGGCAGACUGUAUGUACUUGGUUGUCAUGUUCUAUGUCUGGUUAAUAUAUGUCUUUCAUUAGUUUAUCUUCUGGUUUUAGUUGUUAGUAGAUAUCAUUAGUUUCAUCAGUGUUUUAGGCAUCGUUUUAGGUAAAAUUUUAAGAGAGAGCAUCUUGUACCUACCUAUAUGAUUUUUUUUAAUUAUUGUUAUGUCCAGUCAGGAAUGUGAUCAACACCUAUCUGAACUUUGAUUGGUGAGAGAAUCAAAUGCUUAGAAAAUUCUUGGUUAGUAACCAAGGCAGAAAGAAGUCAGAUUGUUUUAUGUGCAAACCGAGCAGUGUUCAGGUCCUCACCACAUAAAAUAAAGAUAACCUGUAACUUCUGGCAAGCACAUGUCCAUAGUAUAGCAGAAAAACUGCUAAAAUAAAAUCAGAGUAUUGGCUUUACUCUAUUGUAGUCAAAUUCAAGUUUAAUAUGGAGGUUGCAAAGUGAAAAAUCUUACAGAGGACUGAAAUCUGUGGGAUAUUAAAGCAUAUUUAUUAAAGAAGCCAAACAGCUCAAAGCAAAGAAGUAUUAAACUCUGUUUAAAUGGAUUGCAAAUAAGCUAGGGCAGCACGGAAGGCAGUUAGGUCAGUUGCCUGGAAGCUGCUGAAAACCAAUGUAUUUUCCCCUGGAAAGGAAUAGAAAUGAAAUUAAGUUCACAAAACUGGUAGUAUCUUAAGAUUGGUUCCUUUUCUGAAGUAUUUUGUCUAGCUUAUGAUACCUGCUGUAUUUGCAAGUUUGAUCUCAAGAAUGAUGCUGAUAUCUACAAGCAGGUACACAGGACAUGUGGGCACAGAGGACCAUGGCCCAUCCUUGGCUUCAAGAGCUGUUCCACCGCUUGCAGUAACACCUUUUGGAGCUGCCGGCACUGGUGCAGUGACCAUGGCAGUGGCACGGGGGUGGCAGUGGUGUGUCCAUGGCGUUACUGCUGAUACCACCUUGGCAGCAGCUUUACGCUGCAUGAUGUUACCAACAUGCCUUCUUCUUAAACAUGCUCCUA